AUUAUUUUUUUCCUUUAUAUGGUUAUACAAAUCUGUAUAUUAUAUAGUAUAGUAAAUGUUGGUGAGAGUGAAGGUAAGAGAGGGAGUGUGAGAGUAAACAAACAAGGGGAAGCAUCUUCUACACUACUGCCUCUCAAACAUGUCUAAGUCUGAGAUUGCUCGUCAGUUUGACCUCCCUGAGCGUCAAAGCAAACUCAACACCAUGCUACGUGAAGAGGGGCUCAAAGACGAGCAGGUCUAUUGUGUGUGCCGCACUUCAGAUGUCACCAGAUUCAUGAUUGGGUGCGACAAGUGUGAGGAAUGGUACCAUGGUGACUGUAUUAAUGUUACUGAAACUGAAGCAAACAAGAUUAAAAAAUUCUUUUGCCAGAAGUGUAGGCUAAAGGAGCCUUCACUGGAAAUAAAGUACAAACAAAAGAAACCACAUCACCACAACCAUACUGAGAACAAGCACCACAGAGACAAGGAUAAGAAAGAUAGGGAAAAAAAGGAAAAGGAGAAGAAAGAUAAAGAAAGAAGAGACAAAGAAAGAAGAGAUAAAGAAAAGCACAAGCAAGACAAACAUUCAACUUCAAAAAGUAAGAGCAGUAGCAGCCAUCGGUGUGGUGAAUGUGAGGCAUGUUACCAGCAAGAUGAUUGUGGCCGUUGUGAGAACUGCAAAGACAUGCCCAAGUUUGGGGGCCCCCACAAGCUGAGGCAGAAAUGCAAAAAGAGGCAGUGCCAAAACUUUGUUCAUCUUGCUCAAAAAAAGUCCAACAAAAAUAGCAGCAGUAGUAGCAUUAAGAAGCACAGAACCUAUGAACCAGAGGAACCUCCAAACCCUCCACCGAAAGUCAUUGAGACUAUCAAGGAACCUGUGACAGUUCUCAAGGUUAAGAAUGAAUGCAGUGAUGAAGAUAUGCUGGAGAUAGCUAAGAAACUUAACAAGACCCGAAAUUUUAGACUGCGACAAAUGCUAUUCUAUGAAGUGAAAAUUCUGCUGUCCUUAGGCCUAGUUUUGCCACAGCGUAUACAAGAAUGGAAGAUGAGCGAGUGCGCAGCUGAAAACUUAGAUAUUCGCCAACUGGAGAAGAUAAGACGACAGCAGCUGGAGGCAAGGGAGGUUCUUCAGCAGCUAGAUCAACGACAUCUGGAAAUAGAUAGACUAGUUGAGCGUGGAAAAACAGCCGAGAUAGAUCCUAAUGCAGAAGAUGGUGUGGAGGACGAGGGUGGAGACAGUGUGUACAUUUACUGUGUGACGUGUGGCCAUGAAGUACAAGCGAGACGAGCAAUAAGACACAUGGAAAAUUGCUUUAACAAGCUGGAGAGUCAAACAACCUUUGGAUCUAUGUACAAGACAAGAAUAGAGGGUAACAACAUGUUCUGUGACUUCUACAACCCCAGUAGCCUCACUUACUGCAAGAGACUUCGAGUUAUGUGUCCAGAGCACACCAAAGCACCAACAGUGUAUGACUCUGAGGUGUGUGGAGCUCCAGUGACUUCCAAUGUGUUCAAUGAGACUGGAGAGAUAUGUCUUGCAUCAAAAAAGAAAUGUCUUCGCCACUAUUGCUGGGAAAAACUACGACGGGCAGAAAUAGACAUGGAAAGAGUUAGACAGUGGCUAAAGCUAGAUGAACUGCUGGAGCAGGAGCGUUUGGUUCGGCAGGCCAUGACCAAUCGUGCUGGUGUCUUGGGCCUUAUGCUUCAUUCUACAUAUGACCAUGCACUGGCAGAAAAACUCCAGCAAUCUCAGCAGUACCACCAGAAUGACCAUCAGUAUCAUGUGGACCACAAAUAUCAACAUUCUAAUAGCAACACUCUCCACCAAAAGAACUCUAGUACCACCAGCCAGCAGAAAGCUUCACAGCUGCGUCAGCAUUCGUCACAACGGUACAGCCAUGAUCACCGCUACCAGAGUGAAAUGCUGUAUCACCAAAGUGACCAUCAGUACCACAAUAGUAAUCGUAAACACCACCACAGUGAUCAUCAGUACCAUAAUAGUGAGCGUAAACACCACCACAGUGACCACCAGUAUCAUAAUGAGCGGAAUCAUCACAGUGAUCAUCAGUAUCACUCCAACCGUGAUCGAAAGUACCAAAUGGAACAUAAGUACCACAGUGAUCAUCAGUACUAUGCAAGUAAAAAGCACAAAUAAUCUUUAAUAUUUCUUUGCUACCACUGUGUCUGUACAUCUUGUUAAUGUACUAAAUUUCAUAAAGUAACUCUUGAUAUUAAAGAUGUUUUUAUUUAUUUAUAUAGUUUUAAGUUAAAAGUUGCUCUAGAAUAUCUUUGGGGACUCGGUCGAGUUCAGGUAGUUCUUCCAACAUAUCUGUAAAGAGAAGCGAUAGCAAAGUAUUAGUGAAUAAUAUUUAAACAUGCUGUAUUUUGUAUAUGUGGUUUAUGCAGCAUCUAAUUUUAAAUGCUAAAAUCUUCAGACUUAUAGCUAUUGUAAAUCAUUUUAUAAAGUCUUGUAUCAACUUUUAUGUAAAUAAAAUAUAAUUUCUCAUAAACUUUUGAAACUGUUUAUUGACAAAAACUUUUGUUUGCUGUACUUCCAAAUCUGCACAAAAGUUUUGCAGUCUCAACCAGAAUAUUGAAGUACACAGACUAGUGCAUGAUUUCUUGGUGUGACCUGAAAGUAUGAAUGCUAUAUUUUUAUUCCAUUGAUGUUAAAUAACUGAAUAUAAGAUAUUUUAUAUAAAGUAGAAAAUGUCAGCUGGGUUAGGUUCCUAGAGGUUUGUUUAAAAAAAAAAAAAAGCAAAUUUUGUUUCAGAUUUGGACUUUGAGUUUGAGACCUUACAGUACAGUAUCUCUCAAAAUUUUCACUAGUCAAUGCCAACAUUCUUAUAAAAGAACAUCCAGAAAGAAAAGAGAUCCAUGAAAUUAAUUAAACUUUUU